AUGCUGUCGCCCAGCUACCAGCCGGUGGAGGCGGCCGCCUAUGCGGACACACCAGAGCUCGCCUUCUUCGGCUACUGCCGGGCGGAGGUCAACCGCACCCACUUCAACCUCCAGAUGCUCGACGCCCUCAACCAGACCGUGCGGGACGAGAUUCGUCUCUACAAACCCCUCGGCUGGGAGCUGGACGUCAAUGCAACCCAAGCGCUCAUUUUUGACACGCCCGGCGCACCCUUCACUGACAACCCCACCAACGCUGGGUUCAAGUACAUCAUCUCCACCAUCUUUCCCAAGCUCCUCCUGUCGGACAUUGUGGGUGCGCUGUCCAUCAUAGGUCAAGGCACACCCAUCUACGAGAAGCUGAACGCCCACCCGAGCCGCCCCAUCUCCGCCGAAUUCAUGACUCAAACGGCGCAGUCCGUCAUCGACUUUGUUACCCCUCUGGUCAACGCCACCAACCUCCAGGAAAUCGCGGGUGCGGCCCUGCCCAUGAGCGCCGAAGCCAUCAUGGAGAGCUUUGAUUGGGUGGCAUCUGCCUGGAAGGGUCGCAUCGCUGAACUCGUGGGGGCACAGGACUAUGCAGAGGCAUGA